CGCUCAGCUGAAGGAGUCGGGGCAGUCGUAGAAACUUCAGAAGAAAGAUAAAACGAAGUUUGGAGGGGAGUCCCCGCAAGUUCUGGGCGCUGUUGGGCAAAAGCAGAUCUGCCCUUUCUGCAAAGUGAAGGGUACUACAUGAAACAGAACUGACAGCCACGAUGCCUGCUUUCUUUCAGAAGAUGCUAGUCUUCUUGGUCCUCUUUCUCACAAGUGUGAAAGAAAUCAGCUCCCUGGAAAUCACUCCCAGUGCCCACGAAGUUGUCCUCAAUCUCUACACUGAUUUUACCCUGAAAUGUUCAGGCCACAAUGAGGUUUUAUGGAAAACAGACAACAAGUAUACCAAACUAGACGCUGUCCUGGAGAAAAGGGGCACCAUUUUUACCAACACCCUCACAUUAAGGAACUUGACUGGUUUAAACACAGGUGAAUAUUCCUGUGCCGACAAUCAAGUCCUGGAUGAAAAGGCCAUCUACAUUUUUGUACCAGAUCUCUCCAUGCCUUUCCUACCAAGCACCCAAGAAGACACAUUUGUGUUCAGCACAGGCUACGAUGAAGUCAUUAUUCCUUGCCGUGUGACAAAUCCCAAUGCUACAGUAGCUCUUUAUGAAAAGAGGGUUAAUGAUCCAGUCCCUGGAAUGUAUUUUCCACAGCAAGGCUUUAAAGGCCAGUUCGAAGACAAGACCUACAUCUGCAAGGCAACAAUAGAAGAUGAAGAGUUUGAAUCUGAAACAUUCUAUGUCUACAACCUCCAAGUUUCUUCUUCUCCUACAUCCUUAAUCAACAUUUCUAUCAGUGCAGUGCAAACUAUUUUGAAACAAGGUGAAAAUAUCAUUGUGACAUGUACAGUAAGAGGUAUUGAGUUGAUUGGUUAUACCUGGAGUUAUCCUGGACAAAUGGUAGGCAAAGAGGUAAAACCUGCGACAAUUAUUGUUCCAGGACAUUAUACUAGUUCUAUCCUAACCAUUCAUAAUGCAGACUCAAAUGAUCAGGGUCUAUAUGCAUGUGAGGCCACGGAUACCUAUCAUGGACAGAAAGAAGAACAAAGUAUCUUUAUCAGAGUGAUUGAGCGUGGCUUUGUGACUUUCCACACUGUACUGAAUGAGACCGUAUUUGCAGAACUGCACAAAAGUCACACCUUUUUGGUACAGAUCGAAGCCUAUCCAAGUCCAACCAUCAUCUGGUUUCAGAAUAAGAAGCCCCUGACUUCUGAGAGCAACAGUGAUUUCGCUAUCAAUAGUAGGAAUUUGUCAGAAACCAGGUAUCAAUCUACUCUGACCCUUGUGAGGGUGAAAGCAAGUGAGGGAGGUCUGUACACUGUCCGAGCAUUUCACGAAGAUGAUUUAAAAGAGCUCUCCUUCUAUUUGCAGAUUAAUGUCCCAGCUACAGUGACGGAACUGAGAGACAGUAGCAACAAGACAAAUGGUGAGCAAACAGUGAUCUGUACUACAGAAGGAAUGCCCCAGCCAGAGGUUACCUGGUAUACCUGUAAUAAUGACAAAUGGUGUGCUGGGGAAACUACCAAGAUCCUGGGGAAUAGCUCAGAAGAAAUGAAUCUGCAAACAAAUUUCACAUAUGAAGAUGACCGGAAAGUUUACAUUGUGACAAGCAAGCUCCACUUUCACAGAGUAGAUGAGCCUAUUUUUAUCCAAUGUGCAGCUCAAAAUCUCUUGGGUGCACAUUCUCAGCAGAUCACCCUAGUCCCAUACAAUCUACCUUUUAAAGUGAUCAUUAUUUCAGUAAUCGUGGCCUUUGUGGUUCUCAUGGUUCUUUUCCUGGUGAUCCUCAUUUUCUUGUGGCGAAAAAAGCCUCGAUAUGAAAUUCGCUGGAAGGUGAUUGAGUCAAUCAGCUCUGAUGGGCAUGAAUAUAUCUACGUGGACCCUAUGCAACUGCCUUAUGAUUCCAGCUGGGAGGUUCCAAGGGACAGGCUGGUUUUAGGGCGUACAUUGGGCUCUGGAGCCUUUGGGCGUGUGGUGGAAGCAAUUGCUCACAGCCUCAGCCAUUCCCAGUCCACCAUGAGAGUUGCUGUGAAAAUGCUCAAGUCCACAGCCCGAAGCAGUGAAAAGCAGGCUCUGAUGUCAGAACUGAAGAUCAUGAGCCACCUUGGGCCUCACCUGAACAUUGUGAACUUGCUUGGUGCUUGCACCAAAGGAGGUCCCAUCUACAUCGUAACUGAAUACUGUCGCUAUGGAGACCUGGUGGACUAUCUACAUAGGAACAAGCACACCUUCCUGCAGUGCUAUAGUGAGAAGGCCAAGCAAGGAGCAGAAUUGUAUGGGAAUGGCAUGCGUGUGGACCGGCUGCAGAGGUGCCUGUCAAUUUGA